CACAGGUAUUCUCGUUGCCUGUGCGGUGUCCGGCAUAAGUUUCUCAGCUGGGACCGGAUCUGUUGGCAUCACGGGAGUCUUGGGCCACAACUUGCACACAGAAUUGCAAUCGAUUUCGAGCUGUUCCCGUGACGAUUAGAUAUCAGCUGGCCUUCGAGUCUCACGGCUGUCUGCCAAUCCCUUUAUCGACCCGCUACCAUCCUUGCAGCUUAGACGCGUAGUAUUCUGGUUUAUCCGGUGAUACCGCAUGCAGCCUUCGGCAUUUGAGAUCUAAGUACAAGGGGAAAACAUGCGCCCGCAGUCAGUGCUGGCUCUAAUUCUUUGGCAGUGUCUGGCCAUUACUGUGGCCUCAGCCCUAGUGGUCCCGGCACGUGUGCACGAGGUUCGGCACGUUCUGGCCGUCUCUACCGGCCCUGGACCAGUUUCCAGUUCACACUCGUCUUCUAAAGCAACUUCAGUGUCUACCAUGACUACCACCUCGGUCAGCCCUACAUCUUCAACUAGCUCUCCGUCGCCGUCGUCCUCUCCAGCCAAUCUCACUUUUAAUGCCAUCCAAAACAUGACAACAUGCGCUUCUGCACCAAUUACAUGGCAUUAUGGUGGCAACGAAUCGUAUCUCGUGUUGGCAGUCACCAACAUUGGUGUUAACCAAAAUCCUUCUAAGGUAGCCAGCCUUGCGCGGAGACAGAACUCUGCUGGCACUACGGUCCUUCAGACGCUUGCUAACGUCACUGCCCAAACCGGGACGUGGACAUGGGCCUCCGUAAAUUUGACACAAGGCUGGUACGAGAUACGAGGCAUAGUGGGCUCGUUGACUGCCUUGUCUUCUCCAUUCUAUAUCUCGGACGGCUCAAACACAUCCUGCCUGACGAGUACUUCGACUGCAUCUCCAUCAGCCACUCCCAGCCCUGUGUCUAAUUUAACAUCAUCCAAUGACAAGAAAACAGGUGUUAUCGUGGGGUCGGUCAUAGGUGCCUUGGUCGGAGUCUCACUUAUUGUUGCCUUUGCCAUAUGGUUGCGUCGCCGCAAAAGGUCACCAAUCCUAGGAGGGUUUUCGGUGCGAAACGUGGGAAGAUGGAGUUCGCUCACUUCAAACGCUUCGAGCAUGAAGCAUAGAAGCAAUGAUUUCGCAAAUCGUCACUACCAUGGGCACACGGACUCUACUUCAAGGAUGGGGGAAAGCGUCACUGGCAGUAAAGCAUCUAAUACUGGUCCCCUUGGGGAUUCUGACGAUCUUGCUGUUGAGGCGGGCGAGAGUGAGAGAACACACUCAACCUAUUCUCAUUCUCCCCCUGGGAUGAGUGCGAUCGAUGCACACGACGCACCAGUGUCGCACGUCCGUCAUGCAUCCAUUCACUCGAUCCAGACGCUGGGAAGUGCCGUCGACAGAUCUCGCUCUCGCACAACAUCCGCGCGGACUCCCAACACCGCUCUUGAACAACAGGCACAGCGAAUCCGGUCAUCAAUGGGAAACUCCAUGAAUUUGCGUACUGAGCGUCUGUCGAUGCCGAUCAUAGCUCCGGCCGCUCUUGAACGUUCACCUACGUCUCCCAUCGGACGAACAUCAAAUCAUGCUGCAGGGUCGGGAGAGGUGUCCGUUACCCGUUCCGCAUCAACCAGCGGUUCUGCUACGCAUCGUACGCCACGGAAGCCUGUCCCGCAUUACGAUCUGUCGGAAUUGGAUGACGCGCUUGGUGGCCAAGUGAAUGAUUCCCGUUCUACUGCCCCAUCCGGGGAAGAUUUCUCUGCGUCCAACAGUGCCGAGACCAUGUCAUCGAGGGCCAUAUCUGACGUAUCGCGCUUACCUAGCCUGGGGCCCGGUCGUCCUGUACAUUAUUUAAUCCCAGAUUUGCCUCCACCCCCAAAGGAGUAGGCCAUGCGCUGAGAGGCGCUGAGCUAUAUCACCUACCGGUGAUGCCCGAGAUAGUCUGCAGCGUGGCCACGAUACUACGCGGAACCAGAAGUUCACGCCGAUGAGUUAUCUAUCAAUGGAACUCCACUACGCGAAGUGUCGGCGUUCCACCCCCAACUCGUCCGCAAUGCGUUAUCUUAAUUUUCAAUUCGGACAGGCUUGAACAGUUUCGUUGUAAAUUGACUAUGUGUUUCUAUACUUGAUACUCGCAACAUGUCUGGACGUCAUUUCACCGUCUACGUAGCCUAGGUACUUUUCAUGUAGCAUUCCUCUCCAUAAGGAUUUUACAGGUUGACUGCGCAAUAAUAC